UACAAGUUGAUUGGCUAUUCGCAUAGCGACUUAUAGAGCAGAAUUUUCGCGCAUACGUAUAUCUCUUUCGAAUCAAACCCCAGUAAAGAUGCAGAGUUACGAUUGACUAAACGUGUUGCCAUGUUAUCGUGACUAUGGUAACGCGAAGCAAGCAAGACGAAAUCUAAAGACAGUAAGUUGUAACGAUAAGUUGAAGGAGAGGUUGAGUGACUAUUUCUUAUUUUGUAAUUUUCUAUCUAAAUUACGUACAGACUUAAUGUUUUUAAUUUUACAUUAAUGUAACAAUUGCCAUAAAAGCGAGUUACACAAUGGAGAGCUCGCGUUGUAUACAAGAGAAAGCUAAAACUCAGAGAAAAGAAGAAGCCACGGAGCUAGACAAGAGCGAUAAAGGAAUUGGCGUUUGCAAGUCGAAUCCGUGCACAGGAUUGACAAAGCGAAGCAAGGAGUCCCUCGUUGGGAAAUCUCGUAAAAAGCAUUGCGAUUGGAUGAAGUCCACUUCCGAUACGUAUUGUCCAAAUACUAAACUUUUCAAAAGUUAUCACAUGCAUCAAAAGAUGUACGAUCGCUUGGAAAAGUAUGUUAAAGAUGAAUUGCGGACUUUCGAUUUACCUCAAAAAUGUGAAACUUUGUCCAGGCAUACUGUGGCGCCGAAGAAAAAGGAAAAAGAAAUGACUUGUCACAAGGACGAUUACUAUAUGUCGCUACGUCGACGGAGGGCCGAGUUUCGAAUGCAUCUGAUUAGGAAGAUCAAAGGGCCGAUGAGACGCGACGAAAUCUGGCGCGAGGAUAAAAUGGAAAUUUGUCGCGACUAUGCAAAAGAGCAGACGGUUUUAGACAACGAUAGCGUUUGCGGACAAACGGCAGCAAUUUCGAGCAACGUCGACGAUAUCGCCGACAUUUGGCUCACGGAGGAAGACAAGAAUCUCUUGAGGUAUUACUACUACAUUCUACAUGAGGUUGACGACGCUCAUGCAGGCACCUUAGAUUCUGAAACGUUAAAGAAGAUCACGAGCAUGGUGUCCGCUGAAUGGCAGGAGAGACAUAACGAGCGCUUCAACCAAUUGAUUCGGGAAUUAACAAGUGACUAUGUUACAAGCAUGAAAAAAUCGAUUGUCGACUUUGUGCUGCAGGAACCUUUCGAGGAGGUGUUCUGUGCUCCGCCGUUGCUCUCCCGAGGAAUCGCUGAGUUGUUGUUGCCGGAGCACAGUGUUAAGUACCAAAAAAUAAAAGCAAAAUUAGAGAAGAGAUCGAUCAUCCUUUAUCACCCGUGCAUACGCAAAACUUUAGAUCACUGGUAUCGUGAAUACGGAGAGGCCAAACAAGUAGACAAACGAGAACUGGCGUCGUACAGACAAUCCUACGAUCUUUCGAAAUUCGAUUACAAAUUUUUAAGAAUCCUCAGGGACACGAGCGAUGAUCUUCUCAAACGAUGGCUGCCAAAGAUCUGUAAUAUUUUACUCGCAGCUUCGAAGAAGGGAAGUUUGCCACCGGUGAACAAUCCGCAAUAUAACAGAUUCUUCAAUUGUCUUGCCUACGUCAUGGAAGAUCAAUUGCGAGACUUGUGCUUGCGUUCGAUGGAAGAUUAUAUUAAUUAUCUCACGGACGUCGGCCAUACAAAUUGCGGCUUUAAUAUAAACGUUGUGGUACGAAACACAUCCAUCGUUUUUGAUCCUUCAUUCAAAGCAUUUGCGAACGGGCUUUCAAUGUUGCUGAAUUCUCUUUAUGAUGCUGUAACAACGUUACCACGAGCGGAAGUAAAACUCGGAUGGAUUUAUCCGGACAGUACUUCCCCUGAAUUGCUCAAGCCAAUGAUUUCUUCGGAUCUUCUCGAGCAACACGCGAACGUCGUAUCAAAUUUAAUUCAACGAUAUAAAAUUGAUCCAGAAACGCAACUGCACGAGUUUGAUAAAUACAUGAGUUUAAUAAACGACAACGAUAUAAAUUACGUCCGGGACUUUGUGAAGGCCCAGCCGCCUAAUCCGUACCAGAAAUAUUGCGAACUCGUUGAUUAUUAUGAUCGUUUGAGCAAGAAUAUUCUACUCGAAUUUUAUUGGACGUCUUUCACUGAUCUCUUUGAAGUUUGCAAGCAUUAUAUUAUAGAACAUCUCGCUUCUAUAGCUGUUCAUCUCAGAGGCGAAUUAAUUUCAAAAAUGGUCGCUGAUUAUCAACAAAAAGUUCGAGCUAUAGGAGAUGUUUAUCAAAACAUCGCAAACCAAGCAUUAAGUAUACCACCCAACACGUCGGAACUCAUGAAAUUGCAGGCUUUCAUACAUAAAUCUGAAACAGAGACAGUUUUCGAGCUAGAGAAUAGAUUGAGAGAAGUAAUGAAAUAUAUAAUAUUUUUAUCGGAUUAUCACCAUUUAACGCCGGUCGAGUUGAAAAGCAAUAAUUUUGCCUUUCACUGGUACCACACAAUGCCUGAAAUUUUCGAAAAGCACCGAGAAAUAAUCGCAGGUAAAACGGGUGAAUAUCAGGCAACGCUCAAAACCAGAAUCGAAAAGUUUGAACAGGAUCUUCAGAUUUAUGAGAAAUACUGCAACGAGUUGCAAUAUUGGAGCAAUAUCGAAGAGAUACAACGAUACAAGAAAAAAGCUACGAGCCUCGAUAAAAAAUUGAUUGCUGCUAUGAAUACAAUUGCUGAAUUCAACGACGAGGAAAAAUUAUUCGGUUGGGAAAUGUCACAGUAUCCCUUAAGAAAGAAGAUAGCCGAUAAAUUGGCACCCUAUAAAAAAUUCUAUGACAUCGCCUGCGAAUUUUUAACUAACUACGAGAAUUGGACCGAGGCUAUGAUAGGCUCGUACGAUCCGGAAGUGAUAGAGACCGAAACGGGCGUAGCAUUUCGCACGGUAUACAAGUUGGAGAAGGCUUUUCAAGAGCCUGCAGUGAGGAAGCUGGCGGAAAUUGUAAGAAUGAAAAUCGAAGAUUUUAAAGAGCAUAUACCGGUGAUGCUGACUCUUGGGAAUCCUUCCCUGAAAAGCCGUCAUUGGGAGCAGGUUUCGGAAAUUGUUGGGUUUCCGAUAAAAGUCGAUCAAUACAUGACGUUGGCCAAGAUUCUCGACUACGGCUUAGGCGACUAUGUCGCGAAAUUCGAAACGAUAUCCGAGGCGGCCACUAAAGAGGGUAAUUUAGAGAGAGCUUUAUUCAAAAUGUAUUCCGACUGGGCGGAUAUUGCGUUUACCAUCAGUCUUUAUCGUGAUACCGGUACAUAUGUUAUUGCCAGUGUGGAAGAGAUACAGCUAUUGCUUGACGAUCAUCUAACGAAAGCUCAGACCAUGAAGAAUUCUCUUUACAUAAAACCGUUUGAGAAAGAAACCCUAGAAUGGGAAGCUAAAUUGCUCUUGCUGCAAGAUAUUAUGGAUUAUUGGCUCAAAGUUCAAGCGACAUGGAUGUACCUUGAACCGAUCUUCUCAUCGCCGGAUAUACAGCAACAGAUGCCAGAGGAAAGUCGGCGAUUUAGCGCCGUAGAUAAAAUCUGGAGGGAACUUAUGACAAUUGUCGCGGGUAAUCCAGCAGUCAUGGUCGUCGUCGAUAUUGAGAAAAUGCUAGAUCGCUUGAAAAAAUGUACCAAUUUGCUUGAAUUAGUGCAAAAAGGACUUGCCGCCUAUUUAGAAAAGAAAAGGCUCUUCUUCCCGCGAUUCUUCUUCCUCUCUAACGAUGAACUUUUGGAAAUCUUGUCUGAGACAAAGGAUCCCACGCGAGUACAGCCACAUUUGAAAAAGUGCUUCGAGGGCAUCGAAAAAUUGAAUUUUACCGAUGCUAUGGAGGCCACAGCUAUGAUGUCGUCCGAAGGAGAGGAGAUUAUUCUCGAGGACGUAAUCGAUACGACUGCUGCGCGAGGACAAGUGGAGAAGUGGCUCCUUGAGCUUGAAACAGAUAUGAAAAAAAGCGUGAAGGCUCAGGUGAUACGAGCCAAAAAUGCCUUCCCGACUAAAGCUAGGAGUCAUUGGGCUUUAGAAUGGCCGGGACAGACUGUUCUCUGCGUCAGCAAAUUAUACUGGACGACAGAUGUUACUGUUAAGCUCCCGAAGGGCUUCGAGAGCUUAAAAGAUUACAUAGAUACAUGCACAUAUGAACUUAAUGAAAUUGUUAAGCUCAUCCGCAGUAAAUUAUCAAUGCAGAAUCGAACUACUUUGGAAGCUUUAGUAACGCUGGAUGUUCACAGUCGUGAUGUGUUGGCACAGCUCUGCGAACAAGGUGUAAAUCAAGUCAUGGACUUUAAGUGGCUUUGCCAACUAAGAUACUAUUGGAUAGAUGAAGACUUGUUCACGAUGAUGAUAAAUUCCAAGCUGGGCUAUGCGUACGAGUAUCUAGGCAAUACGUCGCGAUUAGUGAUAACACCGCUCACCGAUCGAUGCUAUCGCACCUUGUUCGGUGCUCUCAGCCAGCAUCUCGGCGGCGCUCCGGAAGGACCCGCUGGGACAGGAAAGACCGAGACUACCAAAGACUUGGCAAAAGCAGUCGCCAAGCAAUGCGUCGUAUUCAAUUGCUCGGAAGGAUUAGACUACAUCGCCCUGGGCAAAUUUUUCAAAGGACUAGCCAGCACGGGUGCGUGGUCUUGCUUUGACGAGUUCAACCGUAUUGACCUAGAAGUGCUGUCGGUAGUAGCGCAGCAGAUACUAACUAUUCAACGAGCUAUACAGGCGGGAAAGAAGAUUUUAAUAUUCGAAGAAACAGAAUUAACUCUGGAUCGUACUUGUGCGGUAUUCAUCACAAUGAAUCCGGGAUACGCUGGCAGAACGGAAUUGCCAGACAAUCUGAAAGCUUUGUUCCGACCGGUAGCUAUGAUGGUACCGGAUUACGCCUUAAUAGCGGAGAACAUUCUCUACUCAUAUGGAUUCUACAACGCGAGGCCUUUGUCUAUUAAGAUAGUUAUGGCUUAUAAAUUAUGCUCGGAGCAACUGUCCAGCCAGAAUCAUUACGACUAUGGCAUGCGAGCGGUGAAGUCUGUCUUAAUAGCAGCAGGAAAUUUGAAAUUGAGAUAUCCUGAAGAAAACGAGGAUAUGUUAAUCCUGCGUAGUAUUAAGGAUGUGAAUUUACCGAAAUUUCUUAGCGAAGAUAUACCGCUGUUUCACGGUAUUAUCUCGGAUCUUUUUCCCAACGUGCAACUGCCUGAACCGAAUUAUGUGCACUUAAACGCGUCCGCAUAUAAAGCAUGCGCCGCUGCAAACAUUCAGUGCGUCCCUGUGUUUCUGGAGAAAAUCCAGCAAAUAUACGAGAUGAUGUUGGUCAGACAUGGAUUCAUGAUCGUCGGAUAUUCCUUUGCCGGCAAAACUACCGCCUACAAAAUGCUGGCUGACGCACUCGAGAUUUGCGAAGAAAAUAAUUUGAUGAACGAGCGCAAAGUGGAGAUUACGGUGAUCAAUCCGAAGUCGAUAACUCUGGGACAGUUGUAUGGGCAGUUUGAUCCAGCGUCCCACGAAUGGUACGACGGUAUUCUGGCUACUAGCUAUCGAGCUUUUGCAACCUCGACAAACGACAACCGAAAGUGGUUGGUCUUCGAUGGCCCGAUAGACGCGAUAUGGAUAGAGAGUAUGAACACCGUUCUCGACGACAACAAAAAGCUGUGUCUAAUGAGCGGAGAGAUCAUUCAGCUGGCGCCGACGACCAAUUUGAUAUUCGAGCCACUAGAUCUGGAAGCUGCUUCACCAGCAACAGUGUCUCGUUGUGGAAUGAUUUAUAUGGAACCUGGGGCGUUAGGAUGGGAGCCCUUGUUAAAUUCUUGGAUAGCCAAAUUGCCAGAAGUGAUAGACGAAUGGCUACGAGUCUUUUUGUAUGAAUCGCUGUUCCUUAGAUUUUGUAAACCCCUUUUUCACCUAUUACGUCGGUGUAAUGUAAAGGAAAUAUGUCCGAUGCCCGACUCAAACCUUUUACGAUCCGUCACUUAUCUCAUGGAUUGUUUCUUGGAUGACUAUUAUAAUGAAGAAGUAGUAAAAAAUAUAAGUGAACUUGAUCUUCGAGCACAGAUAGAAGGUUCGUUCUUCUUUUCGUGCAUCUGGGCAAUGGGAGGCACCUUGGAAGCUAAAUACAAGGAACCAUUUAGCAUCUUAUUCCGUGGGCUUCUGGAGAAAGAAUUUCCACUUGCACUAAUGAAUACAUUUCAAUUACAAGAAUCUGUUCCGCCGCCCUUAAAACCUUAUAUAUUUAUCAUGCCAAAGCAUAAUUUGGUAUUUGAUUACAGAUUCAUUAAAGAGGGCAAAGGAAAGUGGAAGUUAUGGUCGGACGAGUUAAUAUCGGCGCCGCCGAUUCCCCGUGACAUCCCUGUCAACCAAAUAAUCGUGCCAACCGUAGAAACGAUACGGUACACUGCGCUCUUUCAAAUGCUGGUGCAACACGAGAAGUCGGUGCUUUUUGUAGGUCCGACUGGCACUGGCAAGUCGGUAUACAUAAUAGACUUCUUGUUAAAGAAGAAUAAUGCUGCGGUGAAUAAGCCGUUGCUGAUCAAUUUUUCCGCGCAAACCACUGCAAAUCAGACGCAAGAUAUUAUUAUGAGCAAAUUAGAUCGUCGGCGUAAGGGUGUUUACGGUCCUCCUAUAGGUAAACGAUGGAUCGUCUUUGUCGAUGAUGUCUCGAUGCCGAUGAAAGAAACGUUUGGGGCGCAGCCACCUAUAGAAUUAUUGCGACAAUUAUUGGACCAUUGGCAAUGGUAUGACAGAAAGGAAGGAACGUUAAUAAAAUUGAUCGAGAUCCAAUUGAUGUGCGCAAUGGCUCCGCCAAUCGCUGGCAAAGAUGUUACGUCGCGAUUCAAACGACACUUCUUCGUUCUGGCAAUAUCUGAAUUCGAGGAUAGCGUUAUGAUCACGAUAUUUAGCAAAAUUGUCCUGUGGCAUCUCGAUACGAGGGGUUUCAGCAAGGAAUUUGAUCCAUGCAUUGAUCAAAUCGUUUUAGCAACCCUAGACAUUUAUAAAGAAAGCUUAUGCAAUUUGUUACCGACACCUGCAAAAUGCCAUUACAUGUUUAAUCUUCGUGAUUUCUCCAGAGUUAUCCAGGGAGUACUUUUAUCGGUUCCGGAAACUAUGCCUGCACUCUCAAAUAUGAAACGAUUAUGGGUUCAUGAAAUACUUCGUGUAUUUGGUGAUCGUUCUGUCGAUGAGAUCGACAUCAAAUGGUUGAUAGAGCAAAUAAGCGUGACACUACAGAAACGUAUGGAAGUCUCAUUUGAAGAACUCUUUGAAGAUCUGCUUCUAGAAAAGGACCAACAUACAAAACAAAUCACCAUGAAUGAAUUGCGAAAUUUGAUAUAUUGCGAUUUUACCGAUCCCAAGGCAGACAUUCGCUUGUACCAGGAAGUCAACGAUUUAGAACAAUUACGAGAGAUCGUUGAAACGUAUCUUUCCGAGUAUAAUUCGAUGACGAAGAAGCCAAUGAACCUGGUAUUGUUCCGGUUCGCGAUUGAGCAUCUGUCCAGGAUAGCUCGUAUCAUCAAGCAACCACGAAGUCACGCUCUCCUCGUCGGAGUCGGUGGGUCUGGGAGGCAGUCCUUAACCAGAUUGGCGUCGCACAUUUGCGACUACGACGUGUUCCAGGUCGAACUUACGCAACAAUACGGCCAGCACGAGUGGCACGAGGAUAUCAAGGCCAUUCUAAGGAAAGCCACCGCUACCGAAUUGCAUUCGACUUUUCUCUUCAGCGACAUGCAGAUUAAGGAGGACAACUUCUUGGAAGAUAUCAGCAAUAUGCUUAAUUCAGGAGAAGUACCCAAUAUAUUCACGGCUGAGGAGAAGGCUGAAAUAUGCGAGAAGAUGAAGCAGAUUGAUCAACAACGAGAACGAGCGCUACAAACGGACGGUAGUCCUCCGGCGCUUUUCAAUCUAUUUGUACAAAUCUGUCGCGAUCAGUUACAUAUUGUUGUCACUAUGUCUCCCAUCGGCGAUGCUUUUAGAAAUCGAAUUAGGAAAUUCCCGGCUUUGGUUAACUGUUGCACCAUAGAUUGGCUCCAGCCAUGGCCUGAAGAUGCUUUGUUAGCUGUUGCGACGAAAUUCUUGUCGACGAUCGAACUUACUGAUCAGGAAAGAAGUGUCGGUAUUGACAUGUGUCAAUUCUUCCACGUGUCCAUUCAAAAAUUAAGUGACGAAUUCUUAGUUCGUUUAAGUAGACGCAAUUACGUGACGCCUACGUCUUAUCUUGAAAUGAUCAAGACUUUUCAGAGCUUACUCGACAAAAAGCGCGGAGAAGUGCUGCUCGCUAAGGCUAGGUACGAGGGUGGAUUAGGACAAUUGGAUAGCGCGCAGCAUCAAGUGACGGAGAUGCAGAAUACGUUGAAGCAAUUGCAACCAAGGUUGAUUGCGGCCACGCAGGAUAUCCAGCGAAUGCUGGCCGACAUUGAGAAAGAAAGUCAAGAAGUUGCAGAGUUUGAGAAAGUAGUCAAAGUCGACGAAACUGCAGCUGAAGUAGUCGCGAAUGAAGCAGCUGUGAUAAGAGCCGAAUGCGAUGCUGACUUGGCCGAAGCCAUGCCUAUUUUAAAUCGAGCCCAAGCAGCAUUGGACACGUUAACAUUGGCAGAUAUCGCGGUAGUGAAAGCAAUGAAGCAUCCGCCGUAUAGUGUAAAGCUCAUUGUAGAGAGCGUUUGCGUUCUCAAGCAAAUAAAGCCAGAGAGAGUGCUAACGAAGGAGGGAACGCAUAUUGAUGAUUACUGGAAGGCCGCCUUGAGGAUGCUCAGCGAUGCCAAGUUUUUAGACUCGCUACUUCAUUUUGACAAGGAUAACAUACCGGACAAGGUAAUAGAAACGAUACGGAAGGAAUAUCUGACCAAUCCGGACUUUGAUCCGGAGAAGAUCAAGAAGGUGUCAAUGGCUUGUGAAGGAUUAUGUCGUUGGGUUAUCGCUAUGUCCGAGUAUGAUACAAUCGCGAAAAUCGUCGCUCCCAAGAAACAAGCCCUGGCGCGAGCUGAAGCUGCUUAUCAUGAUGCUAUAAAAAAAUUAAACCUGAAGAGAGAACAAUUGCGCCAAGUGCAGAAAAGGUUGUUGGAUCUUCAAGAAUCUUUAAGCAAAAGAAAAGUGGCGUUUCAAACGAUGUCGGACCAGGUGGCGGAUUGUGAGACAAAAUUAAAGCGUGCCGAAGAUCUUAUCGGAGGAUUAGGCGGAGAGUAUACACGUUGGUCCCAAACCGCCACGGAAUUGGGCGAUAAAUAUUAUCGGCUAACGGGGGACGUGCUAAUCGCUUCCGGUGUAGUAGCUUACUUGGGUCCGUUUACCAUGCCGUUUCGUGUGGUGCAGAUAAACGAGUGGGUCCAAUUGUGCUCGGAUAUGCAAAUGAUUUGCAGUCAUGAUUUCCAUCUGCGCGAUGUACUCGGCGAUCCGGUUUUGAUUAGAUCGUGGAACAUUGCCGGAUUGCCCGCCGACAUAUUUUCCAUCGACAACGGAAUUAUCGUUACAAAUGCUAGAAGGUGGCCGCUGAUGAUAGAUCCACAAGGUCAAGCUAAUAAAUGGGUAAAAAAUAUGGAGAAAAAGAAUAAUAUAAGUAUUAUUCGAUUGAGCCAACAUGAUUACGUGAGGAUCUUGGAAAACGCGAUACAAUUUGGGCAACCGGUACUCUUGGAAAACAUAGAAGAGGAAUUGGACGCUAUUCUGGAGCCGAUACUUCUCAAACAGACGUUCAAGCAUGCUGGUGCAUUAUGUAUAAAAUUGGGCGACACCGUAGUAGAAUAUAAUGCUAAUUUUAGACUUUACAUCACGACGAAGUUAAGAAAUCCUCAUUAUCUGCCGGAAAUAGCAGUAAGAGUAACUCUGUUGAAUUUUAUGAUAACACCGAGCGGCCUGGAGGAUCAAUUACUCGGAAUUGUGGUCGCGAGGGAAAGACCUGAUUUGGAAUCGGAAAAGAACGCUUUGAUUGUGCAGAGUGCUACGAAUAAAAAGAUGUUGAAAGAGACAGAAGAUAAAAUCUUAGAAGUACUUUCCGCGGCGAAAGGUAACAUUUUGGAGGAUGAGGAAGCCAUCGAUAUUUUAAUGGUGUCUAAGAAUUUGAGCGACGAUAUUCAGGUGAAGCAAGCAGCCACGGAAGUUACAGAAAAAUCCAUCGAUGCCGCGAGAUUACAAUACCAAUCCAUCGCAGCCUAUUCGACCAUACUCUUUUUCACGAUAGCGUCUCUAGCUAAUAUAGAUCCAAUGUAUCAGUAUUCAUUGGCCUGGUUUGUGAAUCUCUUCAACAUGGCUAUCGAUCACACAGAACCGACUGAUAAUAUCAAGCAACGUCUGAAGGACCUGACCAGAUACUUCACAUAUUCCCUUUACGUCAACAUCUGUAGGUCUUUGUUUGAAAAGGAUAAGCUAUUGUUCACGCUGCUUCUCGUUUUUAAUCUGCGCGAGACAAGCGACAAGCCGGAAACCGUGAGCCAAUGGUUGUUUCUAUUAACUGGUGGAAUAGGUUUAGAGAAUCCAUAUCCUAAUCCUACUGAGUGGCUGCUUAGCAAGCACUGGGACGAGCUGUGUAGACUGGAUAAUGUCAAAGAAUUCGAAGGCAUCAGAGAGUCGUUCUCUAAUUCUGUUGGCGAGUGGAAGAAGAUAUUUGACUCGAAAGAACCGCAGAAAAUGUCCUUUCCAGCGCCAUACGACAGUUUAAAUUUAUUCAAGCGAUUGUUAAUUCUACGAUGUAUCCGUCCUGACAAAAUUAUCCCAGCAGUGCAGUUGCUCGUGGAAGAACAACUGGGCACGCAAUACAUAGAAGCACCACCUUUCGACUUGGCGUCUUCCUUCGCGGAUUCCAACUGUUGUAUUCCGUUGAUAUUUAUCCUGACUCCCGGCGCCGAUCCAGCGCAAACUUUGUUGACAUUUGCUGACGAACAAGGAUACGGUGCCAAACGUCUUUUCUACUUGUCUCUCGGCCAGGGUCAAGGACCAAUAGCGGAGGGAUUGAUAAAGGACGGUGUGUUGCGCGGUAACUGGGUGGUACUGCAAAAUUGUCACUUGGCCAAGAGCUGGAUGCCAACUUUGGAGAAGAUAUGCGAGGGUCUGAUACCCGAUACGAUACAUUCUGACUUUCGGCUAUGGUUGACCAGUUAUCCGGCAGAGCACUUUCCCAUAUCGGUUCUUCAGAACGGCAUCAAGAUAACGAACGAGCCGCCCAAAGGACUCAGAGCAAACAUUUUGAGAUCCUACGCGACCGACCCAAUCAGUAAUCUGGAGUUCUUCGAGAGCUGCAUUCAAAGCGAGUACUUCAAGAAGCUUCUGUACUCGUUGAGCUUCUUCCAUGCUAUCGUACAAGAGAGACGUAAGUUCGGCCCGAUCGGCUGGAACAUCCCGUACGAAUUCAAUGAGACCGACUUGAGGAUCAGCGCUCUGCAAUUGAAGAUGUUCCUGGACGAUUACGAGGACGUGCAGUUCAACGCUCUGAUGUACCUCACGGGUGAAUGCAACUACGGAGGCAGAGUUACAGACGAAUGGGAUCGUAGAACACUGAAUACUAUCCUGUCCAAGUUCUAUUGUCCAAAACUGUUGACCGAUGAAAUAUAUUACUUCGAUGCAUCGUCUACCAUUUAUUACUGUCCGUUCGCCAGAGAACACGAAGCUUAUAUCACGUACACAAAGAAACUUCCGAUAAUUACAGAACCAAGUGUAUUUAGCAUGAAUGAGAAUGCUGACAUUCUGAAAGAUCAACGAGAAACAGACCUGUUGUUAACUUCACUGCUGCUCACUCAAGAAGCUGUUAAAUCCGGUUUGAGACAAACCUCUGACGAUGAGAUAGUUCACAGUGUCGCAACAGAAAUCUUAGAAAAGCUUCCAAAUGAUUACGAUCUCGUUGCAGCACUUGCCAAAUAUCCUACGUUGUACAGCCAAAGCAUGAACACUGUGCUAGUGCAAGAGAUGGAUAGAUUCAAUAAAUUAUUACGCUGUAUCAGGGAUAGCCUUAUCAAUGUACGAAAAGCUAUCAAAGGUUUGAUAUUAAUGUCCUUCGAACUUGAAGAUACUUACGAAGCAAUCUUGAUGACCAAGUUACCUCUUUUGUGGAAAGCAAAUUCUUACCCCUCCUUGAAACCUUUAGGCAGUUAUAUCAACGACUUUUUACAACGUUUAACAUUUUUGCAGAAAUGGUAUGAGGAAGGCCCGCCCGCUACAUUCUGGUUACCCGGAUUUUAUUUCACGCAAGCGUUUCUAACUGGGACACUGCAAAACUACGCGCGCAAGUAUCAGAUCCCUAUAGAUCUUCUCACGUUUGAUUUCGUAAUCCUGAAAGAGACUGUCUUCACGAUCAUGCCCGAGGACGGCAUUUACGUUUACGGACUGUUUCUGGACGGCGCACGGUUCGAUAUGAAGGAAAUGUGCGUGGAAGAGAGCUUUCCCAAAGUGCUUUACGAUAACGUACCCUUUCUAUGGCUGAUACCGAUGAGGAAGGCGGAUAUCGAGGAAAGACAAUCGUAUAUUUGUCCGCUCUAUAAAACCAGCGAACGCCGCGGGGUCUUAUCCACCACCGGUCACUCCACAAACUUCGUCAUAGCUGUACGAUUGCCCACGGCAAAGCCACCCGAACAUUGGAUUUUGAGAGGAGUGGCUAUGCUUUGUCAACUCAGUGAAUAAAAUAAACCAACGUAACGCCA